UCGACUUUUGGGGGAAAAGUAAAAUAUCCUCGCGCAAUCGCGCACAGCACCCCUGAUAGCCGCCAAACGUCCAAACCUCGACCUGACGUCCUCAUUCAAGUACUGUAUUUGUUUUCCUUCAACCCAUCAACCAAUCCAACCAAAGGACUAGCUUGACCAUGACGACCGAAGGAGACCAGCAGAAAGCUGCAGCAGCAGCGGAAAGCAAGAAGGAAAAGAAAAAACCCGAAGGAUUGGUGAUUCCUCCCAAAAAGCCCAAGCUGUCCAAGGCCGAACGUCGUGCGCUGCAGGAACAACAGAGAGCUGCCAAGGCCGCCGCCAAACAGCAACCAGAACCACCAAAAGGAGCUGCUGACCCGCAGAAUGAACCAGGAAAGCAAAAUGCCACCAAGAAUGAUGCUGGCAGUGCUGGAAAGGACGACGCUGCUAGAGAUGCGGUUCAAGACAAGUCGGAUCAAAAGACCGUGUCACUCUUUUCCCAUUUGCCGCCGUAUCGAGACCCCAAGAGUGUGGUCGAAACGGGCCCCCAUUUGUGGCCCAAAGGCGUCUCAUUGCCAUCCACCACCUUUCCCUUGCACCCUGCCGUGAUUGAAUUGGGCUACCAAUAUGCCAAGGGAGAAAUUCGUGGUGGAAAUGCCCGUUGUCGCGCCAUGCUGGCAGCCUUUCAUCAAGUCAUUGGAGAUUUUGAACCUCCCACUAACAAUGGCGGAUUGACCGACAUGCGCCACCAAAUUGAUCAGUGGAUCCUCAAACCAUCCUUUCAGUAUUGGACGGCAUCGUGUCGACCUCACUCGGUCACCAUGGGCAAUGCCUUUACAUUUCUCAAAACGGCCGUGGCCAGUUUGGAACGAGACAUGACGCGCGAUGACAUGGUGGAAAUGAUUCAGGAAACCAUUGAUGCCUACAUUCGGGAACGAAUCGAUUUGGCCAAACAAGCCAUUGCGCAACAGCCAGCCUUGCAAUUGUCUACAACUAGCACCACCACAACAAACAACAACAAUCCACAAGUCUUUUUGACCUACGGCAAGUCCGAAGCCAUUGCCGCCAUUUUUCGAAACAUGGCGGCGUCCGACCAACAUUCGUCGUCGUCGUUUCGAGUCAUUAUUGUGGAUUCACGUCCUCUGUUGGAAGGAAAAGACCUCCUUCUGGAGUUGCGCGCUUCCGGGAUUGAAUGCUCCUAUGUGUUGCUCAAUGCAUUGACAUAUGUCAUGCGAGAUGUCACCAAGGUCUAUUUGGGAGCUUCCGCGUUGAUGAGCGAUGGAGGAGUCUUGGGCCGGGUGGGAACGGCAUGUGUCGCCCUCAGUGCUCAUAUGCAUCACAUUCCCGUUCUGGUGUGUUGUGAAUCCUACAAGAUUUCCAAUCGAGUCCAAUUGGAAAGUAUCACGGGGAAUGAACUGGGUGAUCCCUCCCAGGUGGCCAUGACAACCAAUGCUUCUUCUUCUGAUGAUGACGACAACAACAACAAUAACGGUGCUUUGAAGGACUGGUUGGAAACGGACAAUCUACGCCUGCUCAACUUAUUGUAUGAUUUGACACCCUCCGAGUUUGUGAGUGGAAUUGUCACCGAGCUCGGGAUCAUACCUCCCACAAGUGUGGCUGUCCUCCUGCGAGAAAUGAAUCCCCAAAACUAAUUAUUGAGCUUUGAUGGGGUUUGGCUAUUUUAAAAUUGCAAACAAGUUCGUGCUUUGUUUUGGCAGUGUUUUGGCAGUAUACAUGGACGGUGUCACGGGGUACCGUACGGUAGCAUACUACUACUAGAUAGAUGAUGACAUGGUAACAAUGGAAAUGUGAUCGAACAGCUACCAGAUAGCUAGUGUUUCUUGAGUGGCUCAGCGAUGUUCGCGUGUUCGUACA